CCGCAGAGAUGUGUCGUAUACAGCACGGUCCUUCCUCAGACAGGAAACUGAAACAUAACUAUCGUUACUAAAGACAGCACGAGCUGCUGUGAGGAACAGCAGCAGGGGAAAGCCGUCCUCUCCGACAGAAAACACACACACACAGAGACGCGCGCGCUGGGAAGACGGACACCGCAAGGGACUGCGUUUCCAUAGCCGAAAGGCUGUUUUAAAAACCUCCCGUGAAAGGAUGAGACGAUGAUCAUUUUAUCUUCGCAAACUCGCUGUGACCACAGGAGGGGACUGAGGCGGCUGGAGAAAGUUUGGACGCUGAAGAGUACCGCGGACCUGAGGGAGGACCGGGGAGCGGAGCCUCAACACCGCCGCAUGGGUCUGCCUGAGGCGCCCUGAAACUCACACGCUACCUGGAGAGCAAUCAGCCUGAGUGGAGAUGCACAAAGCCUGGAUGCUGCUGGUCCUGUUCAAAGAGGGCUUCGCUCUGGCUCAGAAGAGCAAAGAGCCCCAGAAUGCAGCUCAGACUUUCCCCAAGUCUGGGCCGCAGAAGCCUGAUAACUGUGGGACGUGGGUGCGGAACCUCGACGGGGGGGAGUUCACCUCCCCCAACUACCCCGACUCUUACCCCCCCAACAAAGAGUGUGUGUUCAUCCUAGAGGCUUACCCUCGUAAGAGGAUCCAGCUGGACUUCGAUGACCUCUACUAUAUCGAGUCGUCGUUCGAGUGUCGCUUCGACAACAUUGAGGUGCGUGACGGCCCGUUCGGCUUCUCGCCGCUGAUGGAGCGUUUCUGUGGGGCGCGCAGUCCCGGCGUGGUCCUGUCCACCGGGCGCUUCAUGUGGAUCAAGUUCACCAGCGACGAGGAGCUGGAGGGGCUGGGCUUCAAGGUGCGCUACUCCUUCCCCGCCGACCCAGACUUCCACCUGCACGUGGGGGGGCUACUCAACCCCAUACCAGACUGUCAGUUUGAUCUGACUGGUGCCGAUGGGACCAUCCGCUCCAGCCAGGUGGAUGAGGAGAGGAAGGUGAAACCUGAUGAGGCUGUGGACUGCAUCUGGACCAUCAGGGCCCCACCCAAAUCAAAGAUCUACCUGCGGUUCCUGGAGUAUCAGAUGGAGAACUCCAACGAGUGCAAGAAGAACUUUGUGGCGGUGUACGACGGCAGCAGCGCCAUCGAGGACCUGAAGGCCAAGUUCUGCAGCACGGUGGCCAACGACAUCAUGCUGGACCACGAGGUGGGCGUAGUGCGCAUGUGGGCCGACGAGACCAGCCGUCUCAGCCGCUUCCGUAUGCUCUACACCAUCUUCGCCGAGCCUCCGUGCAGUCCCAACACGUUCUUCUGCCACAGCAGCAUGUGCAUCAACAGCACGCUGGUGUGCAACGGCGUGCAGAACUGCGUCUUCCCCUGGGACGAGAGCAACUGCAAGGAGAAGAAGUCCAAGGGUUUCUUCGAGACGAUGAGCCGGACCCACAGCAUGGUGAUCUGUGGGAGUUCUGGUCUGGUUCUGCUGCUGCUGGUGGUGUCCAUCCUGGUCCAGGUCCGCCAGCCAAGGAAGAAGGUUCUGGUUCGCCGGUACAGCCGGGCCGAGCUGCAGGAGGCUCUGGAGAUGGAACCUCCCCACUACGAGCUCUUCUCCCUGCAGGAGCGUCGUCUGUCGUCGCCCGAGCUGGCUGACCUGUCGGAGGAGUUGGAGAGCUUCCAGAAGCUGCGGCGGGCGUCCAGCGCAUCUCGCUGCAUCCACGAGCACCACUGUGGUGCCAACGUGCCCCCAGCGCCCACGUUGCCCACGCUGCCCGCGCUGCCCCCCGGCCUUGCACCCCGCCUCUCCCAGGGCUCGCUGGAGCUGGCCCAGGGCCUGAGCCGCGGCGGGGGGGUGCGGGGGUUCGGCAGCUGGCACGGGCCCUGCCAGGGCAUCGCCGCGGGCAACGAGCGCGCACACUCCAUGCACGCCGCACACAUGCACAGCACACACAGCCUGGAUGAGGACCCCGGCGAGGGAGAGGAGGAGGAGGAGGAGGAGGAGGAAGAGGAGGAGGAAAGCUAUGCGCAUGAAAUGGAGGCCACCCGCAGCCUGGAGCAAAGGGUGAUGGAGGAGAUCGGUUGCCAGGCAUUCGGGUGCAGUCGUAACCAUGGCAACGCUGUCCAACAGAGAUCCCUCUCCAUGGACUUCUGACGAGGAGACGAGUCUCCAAGGGCAACAAUCUCCAGCUUGACAGGAGGGUGGGACAGGGGAGGUGCGGAGAGGAGGGGAGGGGUGGAGAGGGGAGGAGAGGAGACGAGAGGA